AUGUAUUUAUUCGUCUGUUUAUCUCAAGAUUUUAUAUCUAUCUAUCUAUCUAUCUAUCUAUCUAUCACAAUAUUCAUUCUUCUUAAUCUGUUUAUCACAAACAUCAAUGUGGAAAAUGAGACAUCUUUCUCAGUCUGUUCGUAUCUAUCUAUCUAUCUAUCUAUCUAUCUAUCUAUCAGCUUCAGCGUGAUCAUGUCUCGAUUCAUAACUAUCUAUCUCAGGCAAUUCAUAUCUCUUUCUUUCUAUUUAUCUAUCUAUCUUUCUUUCUCAGAUAUACAUAUGUAUGUAUGUUCAUAUCUAUCUAUCUAUUCAUUUCUAUCUCAAUCUGCAUUUCUCUUUCAAACUGCUUCUUUAUAUCUAUCUCAGUUUGUCCAUUUCUACUUAUCUAUCUAUCUAUCUAUCUAUCUAUCUAUCUAUCUAUCUAUCUAUCUCAAUUUGCAUCUCUCUUUCAAACUACUUCUUUAUAUCUAUCUCAGUUUGUCCAUUUCUAUCUAUCUAUCUAUCUAUCUAUCUAUCUAUCUAUCUAUCUAUCUAUCUAUCUAUCUAUCCAUCAGUCUGUCUGUCUGUCUAUCUAAGACUGUUCACGUAUCUCUAUCUAUUCAUAUCUAUUUACUUAUCUAUCUAUCUCAGUCUAUUUGUAUCUAUAUAGCAUGUUCAUAUCUAUGCCAAUAUCUUCCUGUCUAUUUAUCUAUCUAUGUAUUUGUAUGUCUGUCUAUAUUUCUGUUUAAGACUGUUCAUGUCUCUCUCAGUCAAUUCAUAUCUAUCUAUCUAUCUAUCUAUCUAUCUAUCUAUCUAUCUAUCUAUCUAUCUCACUCUAUUAAUAUCUAUCUAUCUAUCUAUCUAUCUAUUUGA